AUGGCGGAGCUCCAGGCGCGCCUCGAGGCCCUGGAGCGGCGGAUGGAGCGGGCGGAGGCGGCGCUGCGGGAGCUGCCCCUCGCCGCCCUGCAGCUCCACGGGCCGGUGCUGCAGGUCCCGGUGCAGUUCGAGGAUGUGGCAGUGCGGUUCAGCCGGCAGGAGUGGGCAAGCCUGGACGAGGGACAGAAGGAAAUGUACCGGAGCGUCAUGGAAGGCAACUACGAGAUGCUGGUGUCCCUGUACUGUGCCCUGUCCAAGCCUGAGCUGUUACUGCAGCUGGAAAGUGAAGAGCUGAGCACGCCACCGGAAUCGGAGCCAGAGGCAGCGGAGGUGUCCCCAGAGCUGGCUGUAGAGCCAGCCCGACAGAACUGCACCAGCAAUGAUGCACUGCUGGAGACAGAGACAAUGGAGAGGGGCUGCAGGGAGCCAGAGGAAAGUGGGAAUGUGGCAGAGAAAAGCGAGAACCUGGUGGAGGAAAGUGAGAACCUGGUGGAGGAAAGCGAGAACCUGGUCAAGGAAAGCUGGAGCCUAAUGGAGAUAAGUGGGAACCUGAUAAAAGAAAUCUGGGAUGUGACAGAGAAAAACAGGAGCCAAGCAGAAGGAAACAGGAGCCCAGCAGAGGAAAACAGGAGCCCAGCAGAGGAAAACAGGAGCCCAGCAGAAGGAAACAGGAGCCCAGCAGAGGAAAACAGGAGCCCUGCAAAGGAAAGUGGGAACCAAGCAGAGGAGAGUGGGAACCUGAUGGAGGAAAGCAGGAGCCCAGCGGUCCCAGAGAACUGCAGCACACCACCCGUCCCUCUGGAAGCCACCGCUGUCCUGGCGGAUCUCAGCCAGCCAACCCCGUCCCCUUCCCGCCCGCUCUCCGUGCACUGUCAGGAAGCCGUGGGUCAGAACUGUUCUCCCCCUGCAGCAGGAGAUGCUGAAGUGGGGAUCCCAAUGGAGGUGCCACAGGAGGAGGUUGCUGCAGAGAAGCCAUCAAUGCCCAAAACACCCUCUAAGGGUCUGGAAGAGGACAAGGGUCAGGAAGAGGAGGCUGUGAAAGAUUCAGGGAAUACUGGUCAAGAUCUGGUGGCCAACAUUCCUGAAGAACCAGGAAAGGAGGUGACCCCAGAUAUCCACAAAAUGACAGAACAGGCAGAUCCCAGCCCAAGGGAGCCAGAGAAGGACUCCUGCGUGGGCCGGCCCAUGGCCUGGCAGCGAAAUUCCGCCCGGGAAUUUUACUCCUGCCCCAUCUGCAGGAAAACCUUCCUGCUGAAGAUCAACCUCCUGAUCCACCAGCGUGGCCACACCAACUGGGUGCCCUAUGUCUGCGUCCACUGCGACCGCAAGUUCAUGUCCAAGAAGAAAAUCAGGCGGCACCUCCGCGCCUGGGCAGCCAACGGGACGUGCCAGCCCUCGGAGCUGGAGGUGUGUCCCAGCCAGGUGCCAUUCCCAGCACCCCAUCCCCAAACCUGGGCAGCUAAUGGGACGUACCAGGCCUCAAAGCCAGAGGAGUGUCCCAGUAGGACACCAUGCCAAACAUCCCAGCCCCAAGCUUGGGCACCCAAUGGUGCCUGCCAGCCCUUGGAUGCAAAGGCGUGUCCCAGCCAAGGGACACCAUUCCCAACAUCCCAGCCCCAAGAGUGGGCACCCAAUGGCGCCUGCCAGCCCUUGGAUGCAAAGGCGUGUCCCAGCCAAGGGACACCAUUCCCAACAUCCCAGCCCCAAGAGUGGGCACCCAAUGGCGCCUGCCAGCCCUUGGAUACAAAUCCAUGUCCCAGCCAAGGGACACCAUGCCCAACAUCCCAGCCCCAAACCUGGGCACCCAAUGGCGCCUGCCAGCCCUUGGAUGCAAAUCCAUGUCCCAGCCAAGGGACACCAUUCCCAACAUCCCAGCCCCAAACCUGGGCACCCAAUGGCGCCUGCCAGCCCUUGGAUGCAAAUCCAUGUCCCAGCCAAGAGACACCAUGCCCAACAUCCCAGCCCCAAACCUGGGCACCCAAUGGCACCUGCCAGCCCCUGGAUGCAAAUGCAUGUCCCAGCCAAGGGACACCAUGCCCAACAUCCCAGCCCCAAACCUGGGCACCCAAUGGCACCUGCCAGCCCUUGGAUGCAAAGGCGUGUCCCAGCCAAGGGACACCAUGCCCAACAUCCCAGCCCCAAACCUGGGCACCCAAUGGCACCUGCCAGCCCUUGGAUGCAAAGGCGUGUCCCAGCCAAGGGACACCAUGCCCAACAUCCCAGGCCCAAGAGUGGGCACCCAAUGGCACCUGCCAGCCCUUGGAUGCAAAUCCAUGUCCCAGCCAAGGGACACCGUGCCCAACAUCCCAGCCUCAAGCAUGGGCACCCAAUGGCACCUGCCAGCCCUUGGAUGCAAAGGCAUGUCCCAGCCAAGGGACACCGUGCCCAACAUCCCAGCCUCAAGCAUGGGCACCCAAUGGCACCUGCCAGCCCUUGGAUGCAAAGGCAUGUCCCAGCCAAGGGACACCAUGCCCAACAUCCCAGGCCCAAGCCUGGGCACCCAAUGGCACCUGCCAGCCCUUGGAUGCAAAGGCGUGUCCCAGCCAGGGGCCAUGCCCGGCAUCCCAGUGCCCAACAUCCCAGCCCCAAACCUGGGCACCCAAUGGGACCUGCCAGGCCUCGAAGCCGGAGGAGUGUCCCAGCCAGACCCUGUGCCCGUCCUCCCAGCCACAAGCCCCGAGCAGGGACUGUGGCACGGUGUGGCAGGAGCCCGGCCCUGCCAGGUGCUCGCUGCCACCUGGAAAAGUGAUGUACACAUGCACCGAGUGCCGGGAAACCUUCUCCAACCAGGUCUUCCUGACGGUGCACCAGCGCCGGCACUCCGGCCACCACCUCAUCCUGUGUCCCUGCUGCAACCGCAGCUUCACCUGGGUCUCGGACUUUGUCCGGCAGCACUGGAUGCACAUGGGCGUCCGGCCCCACCAGUGUGGCAUCUGCCAGAAGACCUUCAAGAGGUUCUCCCACCUCAAGGCGCACCAGAGGAUCCACAGGCGGCAGGAGCGGCCGUUCACCUGCGCCAACCCGGGGCCCGUCGUGGCGACACCCGCGGCAGGAGACGGGGUGGGAAGCCAGGCUGUGACCCCCCAGGGAUGGGGCGCUGCUGUGGGACCUUGAGGUGUCCUCCCGGAAUGGGAGGCCACUGUUGGAUCUCAGGGUGUACAGCCAGGGGUGGGAAGCUGCUGCUGAAAUUUGAGGUGACCUCUGAGAGGCUUGAGGUGACCUCCCAUGAUGCUGCUGAUGGACUUGGAGGUGACGUCCCGGACACAGGGUGCUGCUGAUGGACUUUAAGUUGUCUCCUAGGAUAGGAGGCUGCUGUCUGAUCUUGAGGUGAAGAAUGGGAUGCUGCUGCUGGUGGGCAUUAAGGUGUCCUCUCAGGAAUGGGAUACGUGAUGAAUUUUGAGGAAUUCCCAGGAAUAAGAUGCUGCUGUUGAACCUUGAGGUGACCUCCCAAGAACAGGAUGGUGCUACUGGAUCUUGAAGUGACCCCCAGGGAUGCAAUGCUGCUGCUGGAUUUUGAAGUGAUCUCCUGGGGACUGGAGGCCACUGUCAGACCUUCUCCCCUCUAUCCCUCUCCAAAUGAAGGCUGGAACAUGGACAACAUUUUCUGGCUCCCCUGUCCUGGUGUGGGGACAGGAGAUACCUGCCUAGCCCAUCUGAGGGGGCUCCUUGUUCCCAAGACCUGGUGGGGCGGGUGGGAUGCUGGGAGUGGGUCCCUUUUCUGGAGAGUGCCAAUAGAUGCUGUAG